AUGUGGGUGAAUGUGUGCGUGGCAGUUGUAGAUAAUAGGGGAGAGAAGAAAGUGAAUGUUUUUGUUUUCGGGGGUAAAGGGACAGGAUGUAAGCUCUAUGAAAUUGUCACAGCCAAGGAUAGCAAACCAAGGAAAACCACCCCCAUAGUCUGUGGAUGGCACCAACUGAAGCGUUUGGUUUUGUGUUUGCUCUUUCAGCUCUAUGUGGCCACGGAGGCCAUCCUCAUUGCACUGGUUGGGGCCACGCCAUCGUACCACUGGGACCUGGCAGAGCUCCUGCCGAAUCAGAGCCACGGCAACCAGUCGGCGGGCGAGGACCAGGCCUUCGGGGACUGGCUCCUGACAGCCAACGGCAGUGAGAUCCACAGGCACGUCCAUUUCAGCAGCAGCUUCACCUCCAUCGCCUCGGAGUGGUUUUUAAUUGCCAACAGAUCUUACAAAGUCAGUGCUGCAAGCUCUUUCUUCUUCAGUGGUGUGUUUGUUGGAGUUAUCUCUUUUGGUCAGCUUUCGGAUCGCUUCGGAAGGAAAAAAGUCUAUCUCACAGGUUUUGCUCUUGACAUCUUAUUUGCAAUUGCAAAUGGAUUUUCCCCCUCGUAUGAGUUCUUCGCAAUAACACGCUUCCUGGUGGGCGUGAUGAACGGGGGGAUGUCGCUGGUGGCCUUCGUCUUGCUGAAUGAAUGUGUGGGCACCGCCUACUGGGCGCUGGCAGGAUCGAUUGGUGGCCUCUUCUUUGCGGUCGGCAUUGCUCAGUACGCCCUGUUAGGAUACUUCAUCCGCUCCUGGAGGACCCUGGCCGUUCUGGUUAACCUGCAGGGAACAGUGGUCUUUCUCUUAUCUUUAUUCAUUCCUGAAUCACCUCGUUGGUUAUACUCCCAGGGUCGACUGAGUGAGGCCGAAGAGGCACUGUACCUCAUCGCCAAAAGGAACCGCAAGCUCAAGUGCACGUUCUCACUAACGUACCCAGCCAACAGGAGCCACAAGGAGACGGGAAGUUUCCUGGAUCUGUUCCGUUACCGGGUCCUCUUAGGACACACUCUGGUCCUGAUGUUCAUCUGGUUUGUGUGCAGCUUGGUGUACUAUGGCCUGACUCUGAGUGCAGGUGAUCUUGGAGGAAGUAUUUAUGCCAACCUGGCCCUAUCUGGCCUCAUAGAGAUUCCAUCUUAUCCUCUCUGUAUCUACUUGAUUAACCAAAAAUGGUUUGGACGGAAACGGACGUUAGCAGCAUUUCUGUGCCUGGGAGGACUUGCUUGUCUUAUUGUCAUGUUUCUUCCCGAAAAGAAAGACACAGGUGUGUUUGCCGUGGUGAACAGCCAUUCCUUGUCCUUGCUGGGAAAGCUGACCAUCAGCGCUGCCUUUAACAUUGUUUAUAUCUACACCUCUGAGCUUUACCCGACGGUCAUCAGGAAUGUUGGGCUUGGAACGUGCUCCAUGUUCUCCCGAGUCGGUGGGAUCGUUGCUCCCUUCGUCCCCUCACUGAAAUAUGUGCAGGGGUCUUUGCCCUUCAUUGUCUUCGGAGCCACCGGCCUGACCUCGGGCCUCCUGAGUUUACUGCUGCCAGAAACCCUUAACAGUCCAUUGCUAGAGACAUUUUCUGACCUUCAGGUGUAUUCAUAUCGCAGGCUGGGGGAGGAAGCGUUAUCUUUACAGACCUUGGAUCCUCCACAGUGUGCGGACAAGGAGAGCUCUCUAGGGAGCGAGAGUGAGGAGGAAGAAGAAUUCUACGAUGCAGAUGAAGAGACUCAGAUGAUCAAGUGAAGAGCCCCAGACUCCUCCUCAGAACCAGGGGAUCAGCGUUUUUGCCUCUGGCUAAAAUAGGUUCUUCCAUGAAUCUUAAGACAGUUGUAGGAAGACAGGCUUGGCUUGAACAUACAUAGGUGGUACUCAGUGUGGACUGAUUUUUUUAAGGCACCAAAGAAGAUGGAGAAGAGAUUUUGGGAGAGACAAGAUCACUUCAUUGAGAGCAGAUGUGUUCAUUUCUCUAGAAUUUAAGUUCAGCUCAGAAUCAUGACCUCUGGUCAAAUAGCUCAAAUCCACAUUCCAGAGUGGUGGGCUCAUUUGUUUCCAGGGGUUUUGUCAUGUUGCUUUUUUUUUUUUUCAUGACCUAAAGGCAAAUAUGUAAGAUUUCUCACCAUUUUAGUGGGAUAGGAUAAGCUGUCCUUAAGAGUUCAUCUUCAUACCACUGUUCACUUCGUGCCCUAUCAGUGGCUCCCAACAGGAAUCUUCUGAUGCAGGUUGAUGUUAGUGUUUCAACUUUACGUCCAAGGAAAAGCACUCAGUGGUCAUGUGAGUGACCCGAAGCACCCCUCUCCGUCCCCUCCCCGUCCCCCCACCAGCUUUAUCUCAGCUGAUGAAAUAUGAGUCUUCAGCUUGCAGCUUGGUCCCCAGG